GAAUAUACUAUUCUCCCCUUUGCCACCCGCGGCGAUUGUGACUUAUUCGAUUUCACCAUCAACACCGGCCAACUCCCUCAGAUCGACGUUGCUUUCCAACCUGGAGACCCCCCAGAUGCCAUAAUCAGUUUAUCAUACAUAUCUGAGGAAGUAAUAGGUAGAAGAUGGUGAAGCUUACUAUGAUAGCGCGUGUUACGGAUGGGCUUCCACUUGCUGAAGGCCUGGACGAUGGCCGUGAAGUCAAAGAUGUUGAAUUGUACAAACAGCAAGUCAAGGCCUUGUUCAAGAAUCUUGCCAACCGCCCGAAUGAGCCUUCGAGGAUGUCGGUUGAGACUGGCCCUUAUGUAUUCCAUUAUAUUAUCGAGGGACGAGUAUGUUACCUUACUAUGUGCGACCGUGCAUAUCCGAAGAAACUCGCCUAUCAAUAUCUUGAAGACUUGAAAAAUGAAUUCGAGCGGGUCAAUGGGCCUCAAAUCGAAACUGCUGCAAGACCUUAUGCGUUUAUCAAGUUUGAUACUUUUAUCCAGAGAACAAAGAAACUGUACCAAGACACACAUACACAGAGGAACAUUGCCAAGUUGAAUGAUGAACUGUAUGAAGUCCACCAGAUUAUGACUCGUAAUGUGCAGGAAGUUCUUGGGGUUGGUGAAAAGCUUGACCAGGUGAGUGAAAUGUCCAGCCGACUAACAUCAGAAUCUCGAAUAUAUGCUGACAAGGCUAGAGAUUUGAACCGACAGGCGUUGAUUCGGAAAUGGGCUCCAGUUGCAAUCGUGUUUGGAGUCGUUUUCCUCCUCUUUUGGGUCAAAACCAAGAUCUGGUGAUCCUGCACUCCAGAUAUUGUUUGCACAGACAUGUUGGGUUUCUCGGCAUUGCUAUCGGUUCGCUUAUGUUCAUGUGGCGAUUUUUCCAACUUGAGAGACAGAUAGAGAGAAUGGAAAUGGAGACAUGUAACCACCCAAGGAAGGAAUUUCUGGUUUAAGUAGUUGCCUCACCAAUUACCCCAUAGGAACAGUGUAAAAGAGAGACCCUUGUUGAACAGGCUUAAAAGGGUACACAACGUCCUGAGCUUAAUUAGUUUUAUGCACUAGUGAUAGUGAUGCAUUGUUGGUUCAUAUUUCUACAGUUACAAGGUUACAGGCAUCGACUAGGUGCAGUAAUCUGGGAGGAUUCAUUGUCUGUCCGAGUCGUCCUCCCCCUUCUGUAUGUGCUCAUCAGAACUUCUCAUGUGCUGUCUGCAUAGCUUUCGUCACAGUUUGCUCGCCAGACCCAUAAACCGGUCUUCUAAACCAAAAUGAGUUUGAUGAUCGGAUUUACAUGUUCAGGAAAGAAAUUUGAGACCUGGGCAAAGAAAAGCUGCAAUGGCAAUUCUGGGAUCAAUGAACAUCACUUGUAAGGUGCAAACAAGGUUGUAGAGUUUUGGCCUGCGAAACCAAAUGAAUUGGAUAAUGCCACUUUAAUCUCCAGCCUCUCCUUUCUCGUCCCAACCAGCACAUCCUUUUCCUAAAGCCAUCACAAUAAAAUCAAGUAGCUCCACAAUAAUGGUUUCUUCCAAAGCAAUGAAUCAGUGUCUGGUAUUCUGUUAGUCUCCUGUUCGAGUCAAUGAUGCAUUGACCAUUCACAUAGUUCACAUCCUCUCUUACCAUGCCAGACUGAGCCAAUGCCCUCUCUAUGCAGAUUGCAGUUCCAGUUCCUGUUUUAUUGUUUCAGCCAGAGUCAAAUAAGAUCAUUAAGGAGUUCUAAAGACUAAGCUCUGAGCUGAAUGGUUUGUUUGUUUGUUUGUUAUUUACCAUCUG